AGCAGAGUCCCUCAACCAGAUUUACGGGUUCCGGACUUCUGUGCAAGAGACGGCUACUACAGCCGCCGAUUCACCUGCACUCCGAAAGGAGGGACAGACAUCCAGCAGCACGGCCAGCACCCGAGCUGGACGCUGCGGCGGAGCUACAGCUGACCUGGACCGGACGGGAGAAGGUUUUAAACCUUGCUCUGGAAAAGAAAACAGCUGAGAUGAAAGUCCGAUCACACACCUGAGAGCUUUUCCACUUUUGCCAACUGUCUCUUAAGACAUCUCGGAGACAGGGAUCCGCCGAGGCACGACCUCAAACAGCAACACUCCGCUCACAAACUCUCCAACUUAUAUCAGGAGGAAUUUCGAUAUUUCAACGCAGCAAAGCAGCCACAAUGUACCGCUCAACCAAGGGAGCAUCCAAGGCUCGACGGGACCAGAUCAACGCCGAGAUCCGGAACCUGAAGGACUUGUUGCCCAUAUCUGAUGCAGAUAAAGCGCGUCUCUCGUACCUGCACAUCAUGUCACUGGCCUGCAUGUACACCAGAAAAUCCGUCUACUUCACUCAGGAAGCAGGAGCUGGUGUCAGUCUCGAGGAGGGCGCGGGGUUUCUGUCUUUUCACGAACUGUCGGAGUUGAUGCAGGCGCUGCCGGGCUUUUUGAUGCUGCUGACCGGAGAAGGGAAGCUUCUGUACCUGUCAGAGAGCGUCUCCGAGCACCUCGGACACUCCAUGGUGGAUCUUGUGGCACAGGGAGACAGUGUGUAUGAUAUCAUCGACGCCUCAGACCACUUUAUCAUGAGGACAAAUCUGUCAGCGACUACAUCGCUCGAGACCGACCGUCUCUUCCGCUGUCGCUUCAACACCUCCAAGUCCGUGCGAAGGCAGAGUGCCGGAAACAAACUGGUUCUGAUCCGAGCUCGCUGCCUUUCUCCCCCCUCUACUUCUCCUGCCGCCGGGUCUUACUGGACCUCCAACCCAGUCUGGGUGUGUUUCUGCUCUCCUCUGGAGCCCCACCCGACCCGUUCCAGCCCCGGGGCAGAGAGGGAGUCGACCUCCACUCCUCCCCUGGCCGAGUCCAAUUUAUUCCUGGCCUGUUUCCACUCCCAGCAUGGCCGGGACAUGAGGCUGCAGACAGCUCAGGACAGUGUGAGCGCCUAUCUUGGCUUUGAUGUGACAGCUUUAAGCUCCCGCUCCUGGUACAGCCUCCUCCACCCACAGGAUCUGUCACAUGCCUCUGCUCAGCACCGUAGCCUAUUGAGGGAAGGAGGAGAGGGCAGAGCUGAAAUGGUGGUGCGCGUGCAGGCUCAGGACCAGUCGUGGGUUUGGCUCUACAUGGUUCUUCAACUGCAGCCUGGUGAAAUCCCCAUCAGCAGCAACAACUACAUCAUCAGUGAUUCUGAGGCUUGGUCAGUGCGCCAGCAGCUCAGCUCAGAGCAGACACAGCUGACCCUGGUCCUGAGCGCUGGGACGUCUCAGCAGGAGAGCCUGAGUCUCCAGUCACCAGAAACACUUUCCAGCCCAGACCAGGUGUUCACCCCUGGCAGCAGCGGCCUGUCCGGCCAGUCCUUUGACUUCAGCACUGCUGGCUGCAGUGUGGGCUCCUCUGAUGAACCAGGGAGCUCUGCUGCCGAGGCCAUGCAGCUAGAGGGUGACCCUCGCUCCAGUAUCUCUUCGCUGGAGGAGGAAAGCUUCUUUCAGCAGCAUCCCACUGAAACCCCAUCAGCUGCUUCUUCCCCCACUCCAGUCACUGUUGAAACAGUAGCAGACUUAGACUUUUUAACCCAGAACAUUCUCCUGCCACCUUCCUUCCAGCUCGACCCUCCACUGCCAGUUCUCCCCCUGCCUCUCCCCCCUGUGCCCACCUCACAAGCUCAGCAGACCAAAGAGUUUGUGUGCACACCCCCCUACACCCCCCAGGUGGGUGGGGCUAGCUUUCCUUUUGGCGAACCCCUCUUCAGCUUCGACCCCACAGGCACCACUACUCCUCCGCCCUCCGCUACGACUGCCACUGCCACCACCUCCUUGGCCCCCUCGGCAUCCUCCACAGCCCCACCAACUACUGCCUCCAGCCCUGCUCCUCCCACUACCCUCUCUACCAAACUUCCUCUUGCACUACCUACCCCAUCUACUGAACUCCUUUUCCCCAUCGAGCCCUGCAGUGUCUCCCUGUAUGAGAAAUUGCCCCCAACACCUGACAGCCCCGGAGAUGGGGACUGCACAGUGAUGACCCUUCCUGAGGUACGGGGUCCACUGUAUGUAGAUGUACCACUGGGGCCCCUCCAGUGCCCCCCCGAAGGCCUCCUGACUCCCGAGGCAUCACCUGGUAAACAGCCAUGCCUCUCCUUUUUCUCCCUUGAGAGGGAGAAGGAAAGGGCGGAAAUAUCCCUCCUAGCUCAACACAUCAGCUCUCUGGCAGAGGGAUUCUACCUGGAUCCACUCUUGUCAAAACUCUCUCCUCCCUCUGUAUCACCAUCCUCCACCCCUCCCUCCCCCUUCCUGUCUCCAGCCAUUGAAACUGCUGAUUCAGUCCACAUGCUGAAGGAGUUUUAUCCCAUCAAAGCAUGGAGAGGUCUGGACAUCCCCAUCUUCCUCGACGAUGAUGAUUCUCUGUUUGAAGAGAGCAUCCUAGAAACCCUCCUCCAAGAUGAAUUUGCUCCUUCCCAGUCACCUGGCCUCUCUUCCCCCUUGACCUCCCCUAUGCCCAAUCCCUCGAGCCCAACAUCUCCUCAAACCCCAGUAUGUUGGCGCCAACCCUCCCAGUUUGAGGGAGUGGGCCACGUCUGUAGCGUCCAAUCGGCGCAAUGUAACUCCAUGGCUGGGUGCGGGGCGACUGUGGCUGCUGAGGCCGGGGUGAAGGCAGAAGGGGAGGGGCUAGCGGAGGAAGCAAUGGAGAUCGAGGUGGUGUCAUCUCCUGUGUCCUCUUGCUCCUCCAUCCCAGCUUCCCCUCCCCUCAUCCUCACUGCCUCCCCCAGCCCCACCACCUCCACGCCCAUCGCCUCGCCCACGCCUGCCGUGUCUUGCACUCAGUCCCUCCUGGAGGAACUGGCCGUCCUGGAACCCAUGUUUGGGGCAGGUGCCUCGAUCGCCCCUGGCUUAGGGCAACAACCUGAGUUGUAUCAACUCCAAUGUCAUCCAUCGCCACAGUGCUUCCACAAAGAUGGGAGUGGAAGUGUUCCUCCGUUCUAAAAUAAGUCUGUGACUUACUUCAUUAAGUAUGGCAUAUUGUCAUAUUUUGUGGAGAUCCUUUUACUGAAAAGUAAAAAAUAUUUAAGUGUAUAAAUAUACAUAAUGUAUAUACAACUUAAGGACUUUAACUCCUACAUGUCUCCGAAGAACAAAGAUUGGCUUUAUAUUUUUGUUCAGUCAUUUAUCUGUAUACUACAACAAAACUGGUGCGAUUUUCAACACGAUGGUGCAAAACUACGUGGACCCAUAACUGACUGGGUUCUGAGUCCACGUGGUGUCUCAAGCUUCUCUGUUACAUGAGCUUCAGAUAUCAUCAGGCAGAGACACCUCUCUGAAGCGCUGUUUAACUUCCAGAUGCGCAUUUGUAUUCACUCGUAGUGAAAAAUCUGUUGUGAACAAAAAAUGAAAAAAAAAACCCCAGAACAAUACAUUUCUUGUUAUUUCAAAGGACAGAUGAUCUAUAGCACUUUUGCCUGACAUGCAGCAACGCAAACCCAAACCUCAAACGUAUUGAAAGUCAAAUGUUUACAAUUUCUUUAAAUCCUUUAGGAUGAACACUGUCAGUUCACCAAAAACAAGAAAGAUUUCUUGUCUGAAAUCUUCUUUUCAGUCUUCAGACCUGGAAGACAGCUGUUCCUCACAACCUUCUAGGCGACAACAAAUCUCCAACCAUAUUCAACAAAACCUGAGAUACUUUGAGCUUUGAGUUUGCGACUUCAGACCUUUAACAUUUCAUAUUUAUCUCUCCAUCUAAAAUCUUGUGAAUCAAUGUGAUGUGCAAACAAGAAAAAAAAAAGGAAAAAAAAAAGAAAACAUGUGAGGAGAUCCUGGCAUGUGAAGAUCUCAGUAUUGUUGCCGGUGUCCCAUUGCUUUAUGAGAUGCAACACCAAACAAGAGAUUGUCUGGAAGUUUGCCGGGGCUCUGAUCAUGCCACAAAUCCACUGCUACUUUGUACUGUACAUUAGACUCUGAAUGUGGGCUCUUCAGGUCCCUCCUGGCCUGAUGGCAGUUGGCUGGAUAUUCUUGCAGCAUCAAUAUUUGAAAUGCUGGCAGCUUAUAGCGGCUCCUGUGUGCCUGAAAUGGCCCUGACCUGCUGAACUCUGAACUCUUUAUCAUGUCCAUUCAACAUGGACAGUUGCAUCGUUGCUCCACUGGAGCGCGGUGCAGUGAGGCACAAUUGACUAUGUGAAUGAGCGAUUCUUCUUUUUUGAGAGGGGUUAGAAUACAAAAGUUUUGUUUUAAAAAAUGAAAAUACGGACGGGGUGCUAUUUCUAUUCAGUUACCAAGCGACACGGGUUGAGAAUGGUACAAUUCCCAUGGUGUCGACAUGCUCACGUAGAGUUGUCUACGGUCAAGUAAAGGAUUGAUUCCUACGUUCUAGCUAUUAAAGGCUAAGUUACUAUACAUGUGUAAAAUUAUAUAAUUGUAUGUGUGAUAUUUGAAAACAAAAACAAAAAAGAUGUUAAUGCAUAUGCAUUAUGUCUGUGGAUGUAGGCAUAUGUUCUUUUCAGAAAGGUUGUACACAUUUGUACAUUUGUAUGAAACAGUUAUUGGUCUGUACAUAUAAGAAAAAGAUUUUUAUUGCAUAAGAUGGAAUAUAUUCUAAACAUCUUACUUACUGCAGAAUGGACAUUGUGGACCAGUGUUCUAUUGUGAUGCUUAUAAGUGUAUUUGGUUGUCAUACAAAUGCAUUUAUAAUAAAGUGCACUUAAUGCUGCUGAU